AUGCCUAAAUUCACGGAUAUCCCAUCGUUCGCUGCAUCGCAGCUCACGCUACUCGACGCCGAACUUCAAGCCGAACUGUCAGAGACCAAUGUGCUCCUCUCCUCACACACCCCUACUUCCCUUGCGCGUGCCGGUCUCGCGAUCCUGAACCUUAAUGUCUCCUCUAUACGCACGGGGCUCGGGGGUAAGACCGUGGUCGAGCUGGGAUUAGACUCGGCAGUCGUGGCUAAAGGCGAGAAACCGGAUAUACCUGAACACGGGAUCCGCGUGGGCGAUAUAGUAGCGGUACAAGAUCAGCCUAGCGGAAGCGCAAAGAAGACGGAGAAGAAAGAAUUGGAAAAGAAGGGCGCUUCGGGUGUGGUCUUGAAGGUGCGCCGGGAAAAUGUGGAGAUUGUACUUGACAAGGAAGAUGCGGAUGUGCCGACGGGCGGCAAGUUGUGGAUGAUGAACCAGACGAUGAGCAGACUUCAGAAGCUCGGAGAUCAGGAUUACACUCCCUUUAUGCGCGUGCUUUUCGGACAAACAUCGCCAACGCCUCUGCCAUUAGAUCUCAAUGAUCCCUCUAACCCUCUACAUAAUCUUGAAUGGAACGAUCCAUCACUCAAUGACAGCCAGCAAGAAGCUAUCAGGUUUGCACUAGCUUCGAGGGAAGUCGCUUUGAUUCAUGGCCCGCCAGGCACAGGCAAGACACACACUCUCAUAGAGCUCAUCUUGCAGCUGCUGAAGCAAAAGCUUCGUCUGCUAGUAUGUGGCCCAUCAAACAUAUCAGUUGAUAACAUCGUCGAGCGGCUGGCCUCGCACAAGGUCCCUAUGGUUCGCUUAGGGCACCCUGCAAGGCUGCUACCGUCAGUGCUGAACCACUCCCUUGACGUACUGACGCGAACGUCAGAGGCCGCUGCAUUAGUUCAAGAUGUUCGCAAAGAGAUGGAUGAUAAACAGUCUUCCAUUCGCAAGACUCGCAAUGCAAAGGAGCGACGUCAGAUCUAUACCGAGCUAAAAGAGCUGAGGCAAGAGUUCAGAGAGCGAGAAAAGGGAUGCGUGAACAACCUGGUCAGUGGGAGCAAGGUUGUCCUUGCUACUUUGCACGGUGCGGGAGGCUUCCAUCUCAAAGGGCAGGAGUUCGACGUCGUCAUCAUAGACGAGGCCAGUCAAGCCCUAGAAGCGCAGUGCUGGGUACCCUUGCUGUGGGUCAAAGCGAGCAAACUGGUUCUGGCUGGAGAUCACCUUCAGCUCCCGCCGACGAUCAAGUCUUUGAACUCGAAGGAAUCGAAAGCGGCAAAGAAAGAUGCAAAGAAGAGCACGGACAAGACAGGCGAUGCAGAGAAGCCUGCUAUUAAUACGACACUAGAAACUACACUCUUCGACAGACUACUGGCCUUGCACGGUCCGUCGAUCAAACGCAUGCUAACUACGCAAUACCGGAUGCACGAGAAAAUCAUGCGGUUCCCAUCUGAUGAAUUGUACGAUUCGAAACUGAUUGCAGCCGAAUUCGUCAAGGAGCGGCUACUGAAGGACCUACCAUACGAAGUUGAGGAUACAGAAGAUACCCGAGAGCCGCUAGUCUUCUGGGACACACAGGGAGGUGACUUUCCCGAAAAGAUUGAGGAUGAAGGCGUGAUUGGUAAGGGUGGCAAAGGCAUGAAUCUCGGUGACAGCAAGUCGAACGAGGCGGAGGCGGCCUUGGUGAAGAUGCAUGUGAGUAAUUUGAUCAGUGCUGGGGUGAAGGCGGAGGACAUUGCGGUUGUUACGCCAUACAAUGCACAGCUCGCAUUGCUUGGUGGCAUGCUGAAAGAAGCAUACCCUGGAAUUGAACUGGGGUCCGUCGAUGGAUUCCAGGGGCGAGAGAAGGAGGCAGUGAUUGUCAGCACAGUACGAAGCAAUUCGGAGCAUGAGGUUGGGUUCUUGGGCGAGAAGAGACGCCUCAAUGUGGCGAUGACACGCCCAAAGCGACAUCUCUGUGUGAUCGGAGACUCGGAUACCAUCAGCAAGGGGACCAAGUUUCUGAAAGAUUGGAUGCAGCACCUCGAAGACGAUGCGGAUCUGAGGUACCCCAAUCUGGCAGACGUCGGGGUUUUCAAGUCGGGGCAUGACCAUUAUGGUGUGUUUAUUGCGUCGAAGCUAUACGCCCACAAGCAGCUGGUACAGUAG